CGCUUUGGUCCGGUUGUUUCACCUUCAAACGCGCGGAGAAGGGGCGGGAGGCAGCGCAGCUGAGGAGCAAAGCAUGAACGGGGGAGUGGAUUACCUCCUCUCCGAGGAAGUGAUCGAUCUCACCAGAGGACCUUCAGGUUUGGGGUUUAAUAUAGUCGGUGGAACAGACCAGCAGUACAUCUCCAAUGACACGGGCAUCUACGUUAGUCGGAUCAAAGAAGAUGGAGCCGCCGCCCUCGAUGGACGCCUGCAGGAGGGGGACAAAAUUUUAGCAGUUAAUGGCAAGGAGCUGAAGAACAUGCUGCACCAGCACGUCGUGGAUCUGUUCAGGACUGCGGGUGAUAAAGUAUCACUAAAGGUUCAACAUAGGCUGUUGCCCCAGAAUGGUCCCUCAAGCCACCGAGGGGACGGAGACCCGGGAGGCCUUCCUUUGGCGGUUAUCAUAGUGCCGGGGCUGGCCAUAGCAGCGGCUGCCGUGUGGGCCUUCGUGAGAUAUCGGCAACGGGUGUGACUUGACACUUCUUCUUCUGGAAGACCCACAGAUCUACAAAAUAAUUUAAAGAGAGCAAAUCAACAAUCUUAUUCUGGACUGGCAUGGGGGAGGGAAGGAGAGAAUCAUUGCCUGAUGUAAAGUUGCUGCUGCUUGUGAUGUUGCGUAUUGCAUGUAUAUGGAGGUACGGUGAUUGUUUCUGGACUUGGGAUGUCCCAUUUCACGGGUUCUGCUGAAGAUGGCAUAAUCGCCUUCUGGUUUUCCUUUUUCUUUUUUGUCCCCUGAAUGUUUUUGAAAUGUGGGCUGUGAUACACAAGAUCUAUACAGUGACCAGAGAGGGCUUUUGUCAUCCUUCUCCUGCCUCUUGACAAACAGCUUCUGUAACUUGGGCAAAACUUCUGGAGAAGUUGCGAGCCCAGCUGUGGUUUGGUGGUGCUGCAGGGAGUCAAAAUGCCUUGGAGCAUGCAGCAGAUUCUGCUUGCCUGUUCAAAGAGCCUCUCUGGAUUACGGAUGCAGCAUCUAAGUAGUUUUUUUUUUUUUUUGGUAAAUGAAUUUUUAUUUUUAGAAUUUGCCCUUUUUUCUUUCAAGUUUUCUCACAACCCAUACACAUGCCCCUUGUACUGGGAGAGGAAUGUAUAUAAUGGUUGUGGUGGGCAGACUUUUCUUUUAAAGAUAUGCCUUAGAGAAGGAUAUCGAGUUAGACUAAAGUUCCCACUUCAGGUGGAUUGCUGGUACAAAAUAAGCCAUGAGUGUUGGGAUUGGCCCUGAAAGGGCAGGAGGUGGCAUAGCUUAACAGGGCCAUGUGGGGAAGGGAAUGAAGUGCCAGCCACAGAGGCUUCUUAGGUUUUGUUCAUGGACUUGGAAAUACGUUCCAUUGAAAUUCGUGGGGUUGACUCCCAAGUAAGUACAUGCAUAGGAUUAGAGUACAAGGAGAAGGUUCAAAUGAGAUGUAACAGGAAGCCUAGUUACAAUGAGGGAUCGUGCUCAGCUUCUUGAGAAGCAUGAAUCCAUUGGGGUGAAAAAAGCAUGAAAUAUCAAGUAAGCCUUCGCCAAACUGGUGCACUCCAGAUGCCAGUAGGACUACAACUCCCAUCAUCCUUGACCAUGCUGUCUCAGGGUGAUGGGAGUUGGAGUCCAGCAACAUCUGGAGGGUAUCAAGUUGGGGAAGUGCAUUAACGCAAAGCAACACUUGGGGGGCCUAAUCAAAGAGUGCAGCUUUCUGUUUAUGGAAAUCUAUAUUGAGGUAGAAUAUUCAUUUUCCAUGUGAUACUUCUCUGCCAAAGUGGAUGCACCAUCAUGAGGAGCGUUGGUCUACCCAGAACUACUCUUUAUGGAGAAGAACUGGGUGAUGUGGCUUCUGGGAAGUGUAGCGAUAGCUACUAUUUACAUGGGAGAAUUAAUUUGGUGACACAUUUACUUUGGAGAAACAAAGCUAGCCUUGCCCAUUCUGGAUUGUACAUCUGCUCAGGAGAUGCCUGUGCUACCAAUUUCAUGCUUUCGGCCAAGUCAGCCUUGGGGCAGGGGAGGAGAAAAUUCAGCUAACUGUCACUGGGCUGUCAUGGUACAACUAGGUGUGUUGAGCUAAACUCACCUUGCUGCCUUGAACAGUUUGGGCAGGAAGAUCAAUGCUUGAGCUGAAGAUCAGCGACUGCAAACCCCAGAGGACAGUGUGUGUCAUACUGCAUCCAUAUUAACCCAGUUCUUCCAUCACGGUUCUUGACAGCCUUAGGAAGUAGGGAAAUAUUACGCAUGGCCCCAUUGCAUCCCCUUGCUUUUGCUUAAGCAGUGAUAACAUCAAGUGUUAUUGUCAACCGACAGCUAACCUUGCAAUGAUCUGGGGUAAAUUCAGUGUUCAUUUCAGAAGGACAAAAGCUGUAAUCCUAAGCACAGUUACUAGGAAGUCAAUCCAAUGGAACGCUGGAGGUUCCUUCUAAGAAAUCAUGUUUUGGGUUGAGAGAUCAAAUUAGUUCCCCCAGUCGUGGAGUAUUGAGUGUCUCUUUCAAGUAAUGAACAUUGUAUGUUCGUGCCACACAUCAUCUGACUGAAGAGCCUGAAUAGAUUCCUAUAAAUGCCCAGUACAGUUUUUGAGCCAUAAUCUGUGGGCCUUGCUGCGACGAACCAUUUUUAAAAAUAGAGAUAUAGAGAUGUUAGAUGAUGUUGAGAUGGGACGCAAAGGAAAGGCAGCAACAACUUCACUUUCAAGACAAUUAACCUUCCCACGUGGAUUGCAGCAUCCGUUUCACAUUUCUUUGAGCGAAUGUGUUUCCUGUACUUUCCAAAAGAACGUUGAUGUGAGAGAUCUGUAUGAUGCCAAAAAAGUAAAAAAAAUCACAUAUG